AAAAAAAAAAAAAUCUAAUAACAAUAACAAUAAUAAUAAUAGCGUAGCACUGUUCCUCUCCUUCACUUUCUCUAUAAAUUCUCUCCUCCUACUUCAUUUGAACAACAUCCCACGCAGUUUCAAGUCAUCCAAUUAAUUCCUCUCUAAUUCUCUCCCUUGGUUUUUCUUUGAGCUCUAAAACCAAAAUUUCUAAUUUUCCUUUUCUCUCUCUUUCUUUCCCAGAAAAUGGGUUCUUACGAAAAUGGUCAAGAGCUUGUAGAAUAUGUAGAGGAUUCACUUGCUGUCGUUAAUGAAGAAGAAGAUGCAAAUAUGGAAACCCAUGUACCCAUCGUAUCAUCUUACAACGAUCAUAUUCGUCCACUUCUUGAUGCAGUUGAUAAGCUAAGGCACCUCAAGGUCAUGAAAGAAGGUAUACAGCUUCCCACCAUCGUUGUUGUUGGGGAUCAAUCUUCCGGCAAAUCCAGCGUUCUUGAAUCACUAGCCGGUAUCAACCUUCCUCGUGGCCAGGGCAUUUGCACCAGAGUGCCCCUUGUAAUGAGGCUGCAGCACCACCCAUCUCUCACAUCAGAGCUUUUCUUGGAGUUCAAUGGCAAAAUAGUACACACUGAUGAAGCCCGCGUUGCAGAUGCAAUUAAUGUCGCCACUGAUGAGAUUGCAGGUGAUGGAAAGGGCAUAUCAAACACUCCAUUAACUCUGGUUGUGAAAAAAAAAGGUGUUCCUGAUCUUACAAUGAUUGAUCUCCCUGGAAUCACUAGAGUUCCUGUUCAUGGUCAGCCCGCGGAUAUUUACGAGCAGAUUGCAGGUAUUAUCAUGGAGUAUAUAAGGCCUGAAGAGAGUAUCAUUCUUAAUGUUUUAUCUGCAACUGUGGAUUUUCCCACUUGUGAAUCCAUUAGGAUGUCACAGCAAGUGGACAAGACUGGUGAGAGAACUCUUGCCGUGGUCACCAAGUCUGACAAGGCACCUGAAGGGCUGCUUGAGAAGGUUACUGCAGAUGAUGUGAAUAUAGGUCUCGGUUAUGUCUGUGUAAGGAAUCGAAUUGGUGAUGAAUCUUAUGAAGAUGCGCGAGAGGAAGAAGCUAAAUUGUUCAGAAAUCAUCCACUUCUCUCCAGGAUUGGUAAAUCUAUGGUGGGUAUUCCAGUUCUGGCUCAAAAACUGACUCAAAUUCAAGCAACUAUCAUAGCCAGGUGCUUGCCAGAUAUAGUGAGAAAGAUUAAUGAAAAGCUGAAUGCAAGCAUUUCAGAGCUGAAUAGGAUGCCUAAGACCCUUUCCUCUCCUGCUGAAGUCAUGACAGCUUUCAUGGGCAUUGUCGGAUCAGCCAAGGAGUCUCUCAGGAAAAUCCUAAUUAGAGGAGAGUUUGAUGAGUACCUUGAUGAUCAUCAUAUGCAUUGUACUGCUAGAUUUGUUGAAAUGCUCAACCGUUACUCCACUGAACUUCAUAACUGCCCUGAAAGUGACCCUAGAAGGAACUUCCUGAUGGAGGAGAUUAAUGUUCUUGAGGAAUCCAUAGGGAUUGAACUGCCAAAUUUCCUUCCUCGCACUGCCUUCCUGAGUAUUCUGCAGAGAAAAGUUGAGGGGAUAUCAGGAAUGCCUAUCGAUUUCGUUGAAAAAAUAUGGGCUUACAUUGAAAGUGUGGUAGUGUCUGUUUUGAUGCAUCACUCUGAGAAUUACUUCCAGCUUCAGUUAUCUACCAGACGAGCAGGCCAUAACCUUAUAUCCAAAAUGAAAGAGCAGUCUAUCAGUUGGGUUAUAGAAAUGGUUCAAAUGGAGAAGAUGACAGAUUACACUUGCAAUCCUGACUACAUGAGUGAAUGGAACAAGCUCAUGGAGACACAGGAUACAUUCAGGAAAACAAUCCUGACGCAAGGGUAUUCUAAGGCAGAGAUUAAAGGUAUUGGAGUGGUUGAAGUUGGGGAUAUCAGAGCAUAUCAGAAUGUUCUGCACCAAGCUUUUGACUUGAAGAUGAGAAUGACUGCUUACUGGAAGAUUGUGUUGAGGAGAUUGGUUGAUUCUAUGGCUCUGCAUUUGCAGUUCAGUGUUCAAAAUCUUGUGAACAAGGAGAUGGAAAAGGAGAUCAUUAGCGAGUUGAUUAGUAAUCAUGGAGGUGCAAUAGAAAGAAUGCUGGAAGAAUCGCCCUCAGUUGCUGGUAAACGCGAGAAGCUGAACAUAAGCAUCAAGUUGCUUGGAGAGUCCAAGAAGGUCUUAGGAAAUAUCAUGGACAAAAUUGCUGCCUAUGGUGAUUAGAGUAGAGCCACUCUUUAUCCUUCUUUAGUAUGUUAUCAGUUUAUUAGUACUUAAAAGUGUUUGCUUUUUUGUUUUAGGGGAAGGGUUUGAGCAUUUAACCCCAUGACUCCAUAUAAUAUUUCCUUAUGCUUGUGUAUGAUGCCUGAACACUUCUAUCUUUCUUUUGUGUGUUCUCAAUAUAAAGGGUUUGCAUUCUGGACUUA